UUUACAACAGGAUUUGACGUUUUACGGCGAAAACAUCCGACUUAUCAGAAAAUAUGCAAGUGAAAAACAAAAUUGCGCUAGUCACAGGAGGAGCUAGAGGGAUAGGAUUUGCCUACGCAACAGAAUUGCUGCGAAACGGAGCUGCGCAUGUGGCUAUCUUGGAUUUAGAAACGUCUUCAGGUCUAGAAUCGGCGGACAAAUUGAACGCCGAAUUUGGUGAUGGCCGAGCUAUCUUCAUCGUCUGCGACGUGACAAAGGACAGCGAAUUCAAAGCUGCGUUCGACAAGGUCAUAAAGGAACUAGGUGGACUGGACAUUGUGAUCAACAACGCUGGUAUAGUGAACGAAUGGCGAUAUGACCUGGCGAUUAAUAUCAAUCUAACAGCCGUGGUGAGAGGGACCAUGCUGGGUCUGCAGUACAUGGGAAAGGACAAGGGUGGCAAAGGUGGUGUUAUAGUCAACGCUGCUUCUAUCUAUGGUCUUGAACCAUCACCCUGGUCGCCAGUCUACGGGGCAACUAAACACGGUGUUGUUGGCCUGAGUAGAUCUUUCGGGUUACCAUAUUAUUACGACAAGACGGGUGUUAAAGUGUUGGCGAUGUGCCCGUCGUUCACAGACACGAAAUUCUUAACGGAAUCUGGUUCCUACCUCGGUCCCUUCGUGGACGUGGAAGUGGCUAUGCAUGACGUGAAGAACCAAGCGAUUCAAAAACCCGAGGACGUCGCGAAGGCCUUAGUGGACAUAAUCCCGAGAGCAAACAGUGGCAGUAUCUGGAUUUCGGAGGAUGAACAACCCGUCUGCGAAGUUUUCAUCCCUGACCGUUUCGCUUUGAUGGCUUCGUCAAGGGAGCAGCAUCUAGUGCUCUUAUUGUUAAUAGUAAGGGAAUAUCAAAGUGGCAAAUAUCUGAUUUGGGUGCUCUUGGCCUGUCAACCUUUAUUCUGUAUUGUUGAGAGGAUACUGAAUGUGCCGCCUGAUUUUUACAGACUCUUUGUGACGGUUAGAAAGAAUUCACGAAAGAAGAUAUACAUUCAAUUGGAAAUGGAUUUCACUAACAAAGUUGUACUGCUCACCGGUGGUGCGAUCGGAAUUGGUUUUGAAUACGCUAAAGAACUUCUGCGUAACGGAGUUAAGCAUUUGGCCAUCUUGGAUUUGCCAACAUCGUCUGGAGCAGAAACGGCGACUAAAUUGAACACCGAAUUUCCCAAUGCACGGGUGAUUUUCAUCGUUUGCGAUGUUACAAAUGACAACGAAUUCGAAGCCGCGUUCGCCAAGACCGUCAAGGAGUUCGGUGGACUUGACAUCGUGAUCAACAACGCUGGUAUAUUGAAUGAAAAAAAGUGGAAACUGAUGAUCGACAUCAAUGUGACUGCCGUGGUGAAAGGGACGAUGUUGGGCUUCCAGUACAUGGGUAAGGACAAGGGUGGCAAGGGUGGCAUCAUCGUAAAUACCGCUUCCAUAUUUGGACUCGAUCCAGUCGAAUGGUUCCCAAUUUAUGACGCGACCAAGUUCGCGGUUAUUGGCCUGAGUCGAUCGUUCGGGUUGCCCUACCACUACGAGAAAACGGGUGUUGCAGUGCUGGCGAUGUGUCCUGGAGUCACGGAUACAGCUUUGGCGGCGGGUGCUGGUAACGGUUUGGGGUCUUAUGUAGACCCAAAAUUGGCCAUAGAUGGAUACAAGAAAUUUCCGUUGCACAAGCCGGAAGUCGUCGGAAAAGCUCUGGUGGAGAUCAUCCAGAGAGGGAAGAGCGGCAGUGUAUGGAUAUCGGAGGGUGGAGAACCGGUUACCGAAGUUUUCAUUCCCGAUCGAUUCGAACUGAUAGCCUCUUCCAGAAAGUAACGCUCAUACUGAUACUUGUCGACAAAACUUGAUGGGAAGAUGCGGCUUG